AUGGAUGAGCCGCCGCGCCCGCCCCCGCCCCCGCGGCCCGCGCUCAACUCCGCCGCCGCGACGUCAUGGCCGGAGCUUCUGGCGCCGUUCGACCUCUCCCGCCUCCGCGCCACGCUGUCCUCGCACCCGCUCACCCCGCGCCGCCUGGCCCGCCUGCUCGCGCUCCCGCUCUCCCCGGCCACAUCCCUGCUCCUCCUCGACUGGUACGCGUCCUCGCACCCCGCGCUCUCGCUCUCCUCCCUCCCGCUCCGCCCCAUCCUCGCGGUCGGGGCCGCCGACCCCGACCGCGCGCUCGCGCUCCUCGAUUCCCUCCCGCGCUCCCGCCUGCCCCCGCUCCGCGAGUCCCUCCUGCUUCCGCUCCUCCGCUCCCUGCCCCCCGGCCGCGCGCUCCACCUGCUCGACCAGAUGCCCCGCCGCUUCGCCGUCACCCCGUCCUUCCGCUCCUACAACGUCGUCCUCUCCACGCUCGCGAGGGCCGACUGCCACGCCGACGCCCUGCUCCUGUACCGCCGGAUGCUCGGGGACCGCGUCCCGCCCACCACCUUCACCUUCGGCGUCGCCGCGCGCGCGCUCUGCCGCCUCGGCCGCGCCGGCGACGCGCUCGCGCUGCUCCGCGGGAUGGCGCGCCACGGAUGCGUGCCCGACGCCGUGCUCUACCAGACCGUCAUCCACGCCCUGGUCGCGCAGGGCGGGGUCGCCGAGGCCGCGACGCUCCUCGACGAGAUGUUGCUCAUGGGGUGUGCGGCGGACGUGAACACCUUCAACGACGUAGUACUCGGGCUGUGCGGGCUCGGGCGUGUGCGGGAGGCGGCCAGGCUGGUGGACAGGAUGAUGAUGCAGGGAUGCACGCCAAGUGCGGUGACAUAUGGGUUCCUCCUGCGGGGGCUGUGCCGAACAAGGCAGGUGGACGAGGCAUGCGCGAUGCUGGGGAGGUUGCCGGAGGUGAACGUGGUGAUACUUAAUACGGUGAUCCGGGGAUGUCUGGCGGAGGGGAAGCUGGCCAGGGCGACAGAGUUGUAUGAGAUGAUGGGUUCAAAAGGAUGCCCGGCGGAUGUGCACACAUACAAUAUAUUGAUGCAUGGCCUUUGCAAGCUUGGGAGGUUUGGUUCAGCAGUGCGGAUGCUUGAUGAGAUGGAUGAGAAGGGCUGUGCACCAAACAUCGUGACCUACUCUACCUUUCUGCAUUCAUUUUGCAGGAAUGGCAUGUGGGAUGAGGCAAGAGCAAUGCUGGAUCAGAUGUCAGCCAAGGGCUUUAGUAUGAACUCCCAAGGAUACAAUGGAAUCGUAUAUGCCUUAGGCAAGGAUGGCAAGCUUGAUGAAGCGAUGAGGCUUGUCCAAGAGAUGAAGAGUCAGGGGUGCAAGCCUGAUAUUUGCACGUACAAUACAAUAAUCUAUCAUCUCUGCAACAAUGACCAGAUGGAUGAGGCAGAACAUAUUUUCGGAAACUUACUUGAAGAGGGUGUUGUCGCCAAUGGAAUAACCUAUAACACUCUCAUUCAUGCACUUCUUCGCAGUGGAAGGUGGCAGGAGGGCCUAAGGCUUGCAAAUGAAAUGGUACUUCAUGGUUUCCAGCUAGAUGUUAUUAGCUACAAUGGCCUGAUUAAAGCCCUCUGCAAAGAGGGGAAUGUUGAUCGGAGUAUGGUGUUGCUUGAGGAAAUGAUGACAAAGGGAAUUAAGCCAAAUAAUUUCUCGUAUAACAUGCUGAUCAAUGAACUGUGCAAGGCAGGAAAGGUACGUGAUGCAUUGGAGCUCUCAAAGGAGAUGCUGAAUCAAGGACUGACACCUGACAUUGUGACUUACAAUACUCUCAUAAAUGGGUUAUGCAAAGUGGGAUGGACACAUGCUGCUUUAAAUCUCCUAGAGAAGCUACCCAACGAAAAUGUGCAUCCUGACAUUAUCACAUACAACAUUCUCAUUAGUUGGCACUGCAAAGUCAGAUUGCUUGAUGAUGUGGCUAUGCUUCUAGACAAAGCAGUAAGUGGGGGAAUAGUUCCUAAUGAGCUUAACGUGGGGAAUGAUGGUGCAAAAUUUUGUCAGGCAGCCAGUCAAUCUUGA